AUGGCCGACGCUCUUCAGGACGAAAGCGACCUCUGCCUCCUGCCACACACUGUGCCCUGGCCCACCCUCGCGCCCGCAGCUGCUGCCCCUGUCGCCUCUGCCACUACCGUCCCAGCAACCAAUGUCACUGUCGCGCCUUCUGGCAACAACCCAGACACGGAUGACGACGAGGACGAAGAGAUGGCCGACGAAGACGAUGGCCUGGAACCUGCUCCGCUUGUUUCGCUCCGCUCCAUCCUAAUCGACAAGAUUGUAGACUUGAUCUACAAAGCAGCAACCAUCGGCGACUACUACAACGAUCGCAUCGAUGAGCUAUAUAUCCCUGAUCGACCUCGCAAUGUCGUUGGUCCUGACGGGAGCCGCAUCGAAGUUGACCCUGCCGGGAUGCAGCUUGAUGCAUCUAUGAUCAUAGACUACGCCGUUAAAGAGCUAAGAACUGCAGCCGAAGGUCUGAAACACAACGAUUUGCAGAAGCAUGAGCUGGAAAAACUGGCUUUGAGCACCUGCAAGGCGAUGGGUGACAUACCUGUUGGCCUUGAGUGGUACUUGAGAUGCAGUGCACAGGCUGGCAACACAGAGGAAGACAUGGCAAAGCUUGUCUCGAUGCAGCAAGCCAUUCUAGACGAAUUCGAGGCCGUGGGGGAGGACGAAGAUGAGAUGGAGGAGGAUGAGUAG